CUCCCCUGCCCUCUCUAUAUGUGGCGCAGAAGCAGCUCAAGGAAUCUGCUCCAAAUGUUUUCCAUAUUAGUUCAGACCGUCUGAUCCCAAAUAGCAGCGGAGUCUGACUCCGGCUGCAGAGAUCCUCCGGGGGGGCCGGGCCAUCAGGAGGGACAGCGAGAAACGGAGGGAAGCGGGAGCCCGGGGUAGAGCGCGCGGAAGCAAGAUGGGGAUGGAGGGGUCUGCCAGCGACGAGAGCGACGGCGAGAAGGACGGCCGCACAUGCUUGGGCUGUCGUUUCCCCCUGAUCAUCGCCACACUGCAGCUGGUUUUGAGUGUCACUAUUAUGACGGUGGCUUUCGUCAUGGUGUUCAUCAGCCCCUCUCUGAUGGCCAGGGAGACGCCCUACUGGGCCGGGAUCAUCGUCUUCCUGGUGUCCAUAUUAGGGUUUGUGCUGUGCUGCAUCACAUACCUGCCGGAUGAGAGGACAUCCAUGCAGUUUAUUGUUAAGGUCUCAUACUUCCUGCUUUGCACGCUGGGCCUGAUUCUCUCCAUCCUGGUAAUCGCCUUCUCAAGCCAUCACUACACCCUGAUCAAUGGCUUCAGCUGCCAGGAAAAGGGUGAGGACUGCUCCUGCACCCAUGACCCCGAGGACCCCAUCGCCCGCACCUUCCUGUACGCCAACGUCAGCGACUGUUCCGCCAUCACCGGCACCCUCAAGAUCUACUUUCUGCUCCAGAUCAUGCUCAAUGUGGCACAGGCUUUGGUGUGUCUGUCGGGGGCCUUAAUCAUGUGGAUGCACAGGUACCAGAUGUUCUUCGCGGGCCUGCAGAUUGGCUCCCCAUCUCCCCGCCAGUGGAAGAAGGUUAACCAUCCCUAGUUUCCAAAGGGCGCCCUGCUGUGACACCUUGCAUCGUCAGGGUGGGAAACCCCACACAAGCAAUUGUAAACCUAAAGUUUUGGUACAAGGGAAGGGAUGAUUUUCUACAUUUUUUACAGCUUUUUAUAACAUAUCGGCUUUCUUUAUAUAGAGCUUUUGGCCUUAAAAACAUUUUCUUUUUUUGUAACAAAGGGAGUGAAAAGGCAAACGUAUAAACUUGCAAAACUCUUGUAAUUCUCACUUGCAUUUCCAUGAGACGUGUGGACGCGGUCCUUCAUUUUCAUCACAGACGAUGUAUAAGACAAAUUGUCAAUUUGCUUCUGCAGAAAUGCUAACCCUUAUUGUCCCUGGAUUUCUUAUUGUAAAACAUUUUCUAACGCUAAUUCUAAGUAUACUACAGAAAUAUUUUCUCUCUAAGGUAACAUGCAACGUGGAGAGUUUGCAUGUUCUCCCCAUGUCGCAAAGAUCUCCCGCUGCAGUUCAAAGACAUGCAUUUACGCUAAAUUGCCCUUAGUGCCUGGCAUCCAGUACAGGGUGUAUCUCCAGCUUGUGCCCUCUGCUGCCUGGAAAAGACCUCAGGCCCUUUACCUUACUAAAGAGAUGCAAAUAAAAGAUGGACGGACAUAAUUUGCUUUUAAUUUACUUUGGUUUGGAAAGAGUCACAACAAAGACUCACAGAUUAGCCAAACAUGUUUGUCUGAGUCAACAGAGUCUUACUGGAGAUAGGAAUAUAGAUUAGAUAGUCAAGCGGGUAUAAUGAUUAGUUACGGAAAGUAACUCCAACACAUUCCGCAAAGAAAUAUUUGAACUCCGAAAACCUGAAAAGCUGCCAGUUGUCCCGUGCCGGAAAGUCACAAGCGUAAAUUACUGCAGGAAUGCGACAAGCUGGCCAAGUAACUGUGAGUGUGCCCCUGCAGCUUCCCAUGCCAGGAACUGCAUUACUGGCCGAACUGUGAGCUGAAUAAAUCCGAAUGUAUUGCAAAUCAGUCCAGACAGCUUGGAAGUGAAGGCUGUACAUUCUGAGAAAGUAAUGCCAACAAAUGGAGACGCUCGCGCUUAAUUCGUGCCGUUUAAUUAAGCUGGCGUAAUAGCCCAGUCUGGGAACAACAUACCUCCAUAUAGAGCGUAAAUGGAUCCUACGUUUAAUUGCAACUACAGCAGUCAAGUUAUAGUGGAUGUAACUCUAUCCUUUAUAAAUUUAAAGGGAAAUUUGUGCUUCAUCGAAAUCAAAAUGUUUUGAUAUUUGUUUUUUUUUGUUCUUUUACUUCGUUUGCCAUUUCUCUUAUUAUUUUACUGUUCCUCCCUACUGCCUGGAUUCCAUCACAUCACAGUUCACGGCACGGAUUCCAGUGUGAAAGAAAGGAAUUUAAAUGCGUGAGGUGAAGGCGCUCCUAAUCCAUUCCCACCCCCCCGUCAUGUGCCUUCCUUUGGCGGAGGGGUGGUUUGGCGGGCAGGGCGCCUGGCAUGGGGCCCAGUCGCUCCACACGGCCCACUGGCUACGCCCGGAGCAGUCCCGUGAAAUCCAUCCCCCAGAGAGGAGGGGAAAAGAAAAAAAAAAAACAGGAAGUGAGCUGCUUCUCCCACAUCCAGUAAAACACUCUAGCCACAGAGGGUUUGGAUUCUGUGUGAAGGCGUGGGGGGGGGGGGUACUAGGGGUGCACAGACAAGCAACAAGACUUCCCUUCAGUGUAAGAUGACAAAGCACAUUUGCCUUACAUGCUAGACAGCAGAACAUCCCACAAAUUCUAUUUAAAAAUUUGAAAUAUAAGGUCCGCUACAUACAUAAGACUGGCUGUGACUAUUAUAUACUCAAAAGCUACUGUAAUAGCAGCAGGAGACAUUUAGUAUGCCGUAAUAAAUCCUAACAGAGCAAAGUGGUUACAAUGGUGUAAAUGCUCGAUUCUAUCAACCGCUGAAACAGUGGGUAAUAAAAUUAUUCAAAGUCUUGAGUAUGCUAAUACUGUGUCCCUUUCACAUUCACCUUAUAUGCCUUAUAACUGCUACUCAGAUGGAGAGCUCUUUUAAAGCUAAUAUCUUUGCUUAUUAAUAUGUGUAUUUUUUGUUUACUCAGUGAUCUGAGACGUUUCAUGUAAUUUUAAUAAAAUAUUUUUCUUGCCAAUUUU